AUGAGCUACGACGACACCACCUACUACUCGUACCGGCCAUCAUCCUACUCGUCGCCCCACCCGUCUUGCACGUCCCCCAGUGCGGGUCGUCUUUCCCACGAGCUCGUCGUCGGUUUGGUCGGUUUGGUGCUCAGCUCGCUCGUGAUCGUCGUCACCUCGAUCGCGCUGCUCGGUCGACCGAGAUCGUCGGCGGUGCUGUACUAUAUCGAAGGCUUCGUAGGCGAUAAUUGGUUCCUGGCGAUGGUGAUCAAGUGCGCUGGAGCUGUCGACUGGACACGGAUCGGCGCAGGGUUGGCGAUCGACCCAGACGCUGAUGACGAUGAACCUUCAGGUCAGCACUGCUCAUUUUUCUUCUUUCUCCUUCAUUCCCAACUGACAAGUGCUGACUCGAGAGCUCAUUCCCGCAUGGUUCAAGUUGCGCUUCCGUCGUCGUCAGGAUUUCCCAGCGCUCAUCUCCCUAUUGCCUCCGGUGAUCCCAAUGGGACACACUACCCAGGACUACUCAAUGCCGCUGGAAAUCUCUGCUUCCUCAACGCCACACUCCAAGUGCGUCCCUACACCCCACCCCUCCCGCGUACGCUGCCACGCUGCCGAGCUGACCCACGAGGACCUUGCCCCCCUCCCCUGCUUUCCUCGACCCAGUCCAUCGCGUCCAUCACCCCUCUUCUAGACUACCUCGAAUCCCUCCCUUCCACCUCCAACUCCCCCAACUCGGUCAUCCCGACCCUGAGACGUACGCUCCAUGCGCUCAACUCGCCUUGCCUCAUGCGUCCACCCCCACUUCGACCGAGCGCACUCGCGCAUGCGCUCGCCGCGAGUUCCCCAACCCGAAGGAGGUUACUCGCUUCUUGCGAACAACAGGACGCGCAUGAAUUGUUGGGAAUGAUCAGGGAAGCCGUCGAGGAAGAAGUUGACAAGAUCGCUAGAGACGCUCGCAAGAACGACUCGCCGGGUUUGGGUGCUCUUUUACGUUUCGGCGAGUCCGCGGAUCAGCGCAAGGGGAGAAAAGGGGUACAUGCACCGGGAAAGAACGAUCCGUGGUUGUUGUUGACGAGUCAGAGGGUACAGUGUUUGACGUGUGCGUAUACGAGGGACGUGAGGCAUACAAGUGAUCGACAGGUCGAAUUGCAGGUGCCGGAUAUGGUAAGUCUUGUUCAUCGUACAGCGCGAAGCUGCUGGUCACAUUGCGAACUGACUUGACGAGUGCCGUCCUUCUCCAUAGGAUCGAUGCUCGUUGUACCAAUUAUUGGACGAAUGGACCAAACUCGACCUCUUGUCCGAUUACGCCUGUCGAAAAUGCUGUCUGGCCGCGACGUUGACCAAAUUAGAGGAGCAACGCGAUCGGUUAGCGCUCGUCGAUUCGGUGACGACGCUGACGGCGUCAACCGAGGGCUGCACCACGAAUCCGAGUGGAUCGACGUCAAAUCGGGUCGUGAAAUCGAGCGACGCGAAUGCUUUUGAACCAUUACUUGACUCGACUUCUUCUUCGACUACGAUCGACGCAGGACGAGCAGCACCCGCGCCGAAAAUGACGUCCUCCCGCGCGAACCGACGACGCAAAGUGCAAAAGCUCAUCAACCAAGUCAAAGAAGCCUGGGACGCGGGUGAUUACGAGAAAGAAUUCGGGAACGAGCUCAAAGUUGAAAAAGUGUUGGGGCCGGCGGGCAAAUUGGUUCGUUUCGCUAGGGUACGUGUGCGAGCGAGAACCCCGAGUUGAAGAUUCGGCCUUUUGCCCCCCAAGUCGAUAGCUGAAAGGCGGUCGGUAGCAUCCGUACAGACUCCCGAGAUUUUAACCUUUCACCUUUCGAGAUCAUCGCAUUACGCUACGGGUGGCGGUCUGGCCGUCAAGAACCAUUGUCGGGUCGACUUUCCGGAAUACCUCGACGUCGCACCCUUUUCCAACGAUCCGGCGUUCACGACGAACGUUCCGCCGGCCAGUGCGGACGUACUGAACGAAAGACCGAAGAGGGAUCUUUAUCGACUGGCUUCGGUCGUCGUUCAUCAUGGAACGCAUUCGUAUGGGCAUUACGUCGCUUUUCGAAGAAGGCCCGUUUUACCUCCCCAUUUACGCCAGCGCGAUCGAACACCAACUCAGGAACCGGGUGGAAGAAGAAGUCGUGCAUCCGAUCCCGACCCCAACCCCGACCCCGACGCGGUCGAAGCAGAACCGAAUGAAGACCUCGACCCUCAGCCUAAACGUUUCGUUGGGGGGGAAGCGAGAGCGGAAUGGUAUCAUAUCUCGGACGAGACCGUUCAGUUCGCUUCGAUACAGCACGUUCUGGCGGGCAAUCCGUUUUUGUUGUUCUAUGAACGGGUCAAGCAGGACGACGACGACGACGACGAUGGUGGUGGUGGGAGGGCGGAAGGAUGGAGGAUGCAAGCUGGGAAGGGGAAGGGGAAGAAAGUGGAUUGGAAGUUUGAGGGGAUGCAGCUCAACGAGGGUGGGGAUGGGGAGGCGGAGGCGGAGGGGACAAGGGCCUUCGGGGAACCGAGGGUGCUGAGGAGGUGGGAAUUGGCUUCGUCUUCGUUGUCGGCGUCGGCGUCGAGGAUUGAGACGACGGGAGGGGAAGAGGGGGCAAGCGGGUAG